GAUGAAUGGGACAGUGUGAUGUUGAAUAGUUUCUCACUUCGCCAGCAACUGCAGACAGCUAGACAAGAACUCUCACAUUCCCUCUAUCAGCAUGACGCCGCCUGUAGAGUCAUUGCUCGUCUUACCAAAGAGUUGACGGCUGCACGUGAAGCCUUGUCUACAUUGAAACCACACGCUGCGAAUAUCCCACACGGUGCAGGAGACAUCGACAUGGAACAAAGUGUUGACGAAGCACAAGGCAUAUCUGAGGCGGUCCUAGCUCGUCUUGAUGAGAAGGCGAAGACUUUGACGGCUGCUCGUAAGCAACGUGGUAAGAAUCUCCCGGAAGAAUUGACGAAACAGGAUGAGUUUGCUACAUUCCGUGAAUCUGCUUGUCAUACUGGAAUACACAGCACUGGUACCCCCGGGAUUACUGCGUUGGAUGUGCAGGGUAAAAUGAUUCUAACCGGAGGAGCUGAUAAGACUGUCGUAUUGUUUAACUCCGAGAAAGAGCAGGUGCAAGAUGUUUUCAAAGGACACCAGAAGAAAAUCAACGCUGUCAUAUUGCAUCCUAACUCCAAAAACGCCAUUUCUGCCAGUUCUGAUGCUCAGGUUAGUGUUACCCUUUGA